AUGGCCCCGCAGGCCCCCUUCUUGUUCCUUGGUGGCUGGGGCGUCUGUGUUUUCCUUCGAGUCAUCUCAGCCCUCGGCUCGAUCGAUGAUGACGAUGACGAUGAUGAUGAUGAUGAUGAUGAUGAUGAUGUCUCAUGCGUGGAGUACAUGUUGAUGAAAGUAUUGAAACCCGAGAAAAUCAGAUUGGCGAUGGGUUAA